UACGUUCUUUUCUUGUGUGUCUGGUGGAGAUUCUCUUGCAUAUCCUACAAUCCCCUCUCUUACUUCUCUCGCAAUCACACAAGACACAAAACUCAUGUACACUCGCAUGGCAAGAUCCGCCCUUGCUCAUUCCCUCUUCGCGUUCCUCCUCUCCCUCUCCUUCAUUCCUAGUUCACAUGCCUCGCCUCCCUCGAGCACCUUCCUAUUCGGCGGAUGCACCCAACAGCGGUACGCGGCCGACUCGGCUUACGAGUCGAACCUGGACUCCCUCCUCACCUCGCUCCUCAACUCGGCCACCUACUCCUCCUACAACAACUUCACCGUGGAGGGCUCGAGCCCGCAGGACGUCGUCUACGGCCUCUACCAGUGCCGCGGCGACCUCUCGAUGCCGGACUGCGCCACGUGCGUCGCCCGCGCGGUGGUCCGAGCCGGCGAGCUGUGCCCGAAGGCAUGCGGCGGGGCCGUGCAGCUCGAGGGUUGCUACGCCAAGUACGACAACGAUUCGUUCCUCGGGGUGGAGGACAAGACUGUGGUCAUGAAGAAAUGCGGGCCCUCGGACGGGUACGAGGCCGGGCCCAUGGGCCAGAGGGACGCGGUGCUGGCCAGCCUGGCGAGCGGUGGAGGGCAGUACAGGACCGGCGGGUCAGGGGAGGUGCAGGGCUCGGCCCAGUGCGUCGGGGAUUUGAGCGCGGUGGAGUGUCAAGACUGCCUUUCGGAGGCGAUAGGGCGGUUGAAGAGCGAAUGCGGCACGGCGGUCUUCGGCGACAUGUUCUUGGGCAAAUGUUACGCGAGGUAUUCGACGGGUGGAUCCGGACAACAUGUGUAUCCUCAAGGCCAUGAGAGGGAAAGCACCGAUGAGGGAUCAAAGACAUUUGCCAUCAUUAUUGGGUUAUUAGCUGGAGUGGCUCUCCUCAUCAUUUUUGUCGCCUUCAUAAGAAAAGUUUUUGAAGGAAAUGGUAAGUGACUGACUUUGCAUCUCCCUCCAAUCACAAUCCCAAACUGCUUUGAAUUGCUCUUUGCUUUUGAGAGGAAUCCCUUUUCUGAUUCUUUCUUUGCCUUUUUAUCUCCAUCAUGAUGACUGCUUUUCCCCCAUAUCACAUUGCCCUUUUGAGCAUUGGCUUUACAUGCAAAAAAAAAAAAAAAAAAUCUCCC